UGUGUGUGUGUGAGAGAGAGAGAGACAGAGAGGUUUGACACGGGACAGUGUGAUAGAGAGAAUCAUGUACGAGAUGGAGAAGGAGUCUCUCCGCAGGUACACUCAGGACAUCGUGCAGUUUUUACGGCCCUCUUACAUCCAGGGAUUCCUGACAACCUACCUGGAUAAAGAGUCAGUGGAGAAGAUUUUAUCAAAGGAGAAGACGUCACGGACGGAGGCGGCUCAGAUGCUGCUGGACAGGAUGCAGGACCUGGAGGAGGUCGGCUGGUUUCAGGGCUUCCUGGACUUUCUGCAGACUUCAGAGUACACAGGUCUCCACUUGGCCAUCAGUAAGUGGGACUUCACAGAGCUGCAGGAUCUGAGUCCUCACAGGAAGAUGCUGGAUCUGGUUGAGGGCUCCAUCAUUAAAAACAUGAAGCCUGGAGAGCUGCUUCCACACAUGAGUGACUGUCUCAGACAUCGUGAGUGUGAGGAGAUCAAAGCGUUGGAGGAGCAGAAGGGGUGUAGUGCAGCAAAUGGCCGGUUAGUGGACUGUCUGAGAGACUGCGAUAAAUCAAACUGGUUUAAAGUCUUCAAACUGGCACUGGAGAACUGCCAGCAGUACUCGGCUCUACAGGUUCUAGAGCCUGAUGAAAAUGGGAAUUGUGUUCAGGACUGUGAGGAGAACGAUGUUGUCAUGACAACGUUGUGUUUAGAGUACCGAGAGGACAGUGAGGGGGACGACCUGAUGAGCAGCAGUGAGACGAGUCUGUCUGAGCCGUGUCUAGGGGGAGUGGAGGGGGGCGUGGCCAGUGUGUGUGAGAGACACACAGAGAAGAAGUUGAGAGAGUAUCAGAAAGAGCUCGCGAUGGUCGCGUACAGCGGAGUCAACACCAUCAUCUGCGCUCCUACAGGUUGUGGUAAAACCAUCGUUGCCGUGGCGAUCUGUGAGCAUCACCUGAAGAAGUACCCUGAGACGGCCAAAGUGGUUUUCAUGGCAACCAAAGUUGAGGUUUAUGAGCAACAGUACAAACUGUUCAAGGAGCACUUUAGCAAGGAGCCAGACAUCAGGGUGACAGGCGUGUGUGGGGACAUGGAGGACGUGUCUCUGCCCACCCUGGUGUCCAACACCGACGUGUUGGUGAUAACUCCUCAGAUCCUGGUGAACGCUCUGCAGCACGGUGAAGUGACGUCGCUCGAGACCUUCACACUGCUGCUGCUGGACGAGUGUCACAACACCACCGGAAAACACCCGUACAACAACAUCAUGGGCCAGUACAUCACCACCAAAAACAACACACACACACACAGACUGCCUCAGGUGGUCGGUUUCACGGCGUCAGUUGGUAUCGGGAGUUUUAAGAACGUUCGUGAGGCUGAGAACAACAUCUGCCAGCUGUGUGCGAACCUGGACGCCCGGGUCAUCACCACGGUUACCGAGAAAAUCGAUGAACUCAGGUCGUUCGUACACACACCUGAGAAAGACUUUUUUGCAGUUGUACCGCGCACCUCAGAUCCCUUCAUUCUCAUCAUCAAAGACAUCAUGAACCGCAUCGAACAGCUGGCUUCAAGAGCCUACCCUAUUGGCACUGUCUCCCAGGUACAGAGAGGUGAUUAUGGUAGUCAGAUGUAUGAGCAGUGGAUUGUGGAUGUACAGAAACGCUGCAGGCUGCUACAGUUCACCGACUACGAGGAGGAGCGCAGAGUCUGCCGAGCACUGUAUACCUACACGGAACAUCUCAGGAAAUAUAACGAUGCUCUGAUCAUUAACGAGGACGCUCGCACUAAAGACGCGCUGAACUUCAUGGACGCGUUCAUCAAGGACAUCAGUAACGCCGCCCCGGACCAAACCGAGGAGCAGCUCAUCGCCUUAUACCACGAUCAGCAUGAGCAGCUGCGGCGUUUGGCUGCUAAAGGAGAAGAAAACCCCAAACUGCAGGAGCUCAAGUUCAUCCUGGAUGAAGAAUACUGCAACAAUGAGCAGACCCGCACUGUGCUGUUCGUCAGGACCCGCGCCCUCGCUGAUGCUCUAAAAAAGUGGAUAGAGGAGACAGAUUCAUUGAAAUUUCUGAAGCCUGGAGUCCUGAUUGGAAAAGGAAGAAAAUCACAACGGCCUGGGUCAGGUAUGACUCUGACUGGACAGAGGGGUGUGCUUGACUCCUUUAAGAGCUCUAAUCAGAGUAAGAUUCUCAUCGCCACCUCCGUCGCUGACGAGGGCAUCGAUAUUCCACAAUGCAACCUGGUGCUCAUGUAUGAAUACGUUGGCAACGUUGUCAAGAUGGUGCAGGUUCGAGGACGAGGCAGAGCUCAGGGCAGCAAGUGUAUCCUGAUCUCCAGCAGGCAGGAGCAGAUUGAUAAAGAGAAACUUAACAUGGAGAGAGAGAAGCUGGUGGAGGCGGCGAUUAAAAACCUGCAGAGCUUACCUGAGUGUCUGUGUGCCAAGGUGGAUCGGUUCCAGAAGGAGGACAUUUUCCGCAGAGCCCAUGCGAACUCUUGUGCAGAGAAACCUCGGACUGAGGGGAGUUACAACCUCCUGUGUGGAAAAUGCAAGGAGUUUGCCUGUUUAAGUGACGACAUACGGGUGCUACAGGAAUCUCACCACAUCGUGCUGGAUCGCUCCAUAUUUAAUCGCUGUGCCACUGAACCUCACGAUAAAAUCAAGAAAUUUGGCAACUUUACCAAGAAGGAGAAGAUGUACUGUUCUAAGUGUAAACAUGACUGGGGCAUCAUUGCCUCUUACAUGAAUAUACAGGAUUUGCCGGUGUUAAAGAUCUGCAGUUUUACUGUUCAGGACCGAGUCACUAAGAAACAGAACUGUUUUAGGAAAUGGCGUGAUGUCACCUUCCAUAUACCGGUGUUUGACAUAACAGAGAUGACGGUGGAGACAUGGGAGCCGAGAACAUAGAGACAAAAGGGAGAUUAUAAACAAGCCAGUUUCUCACACACCUAUACAUACACUUGUGUUGUUAUCAUCAGGUGUACGACAUGUUUACUAAGACAGGUAGCAUUUACUAGAGUUGUAUUGAUGGUGGGUGGGGCCAGUUUACUAGGCAUAUUAACAUAGACAAUGUGCUUGGGGUUUAUUUUAAUAUAUUUGUGGUUUUGAUGUUAAAAAAUAGUAACGUGUAACUCGUCUCUCCUGUCCUAUCCUCCUCUACGUCCUCUUUCUAGGGCUCUCUCUUUCAUUUUCUCUUUUUUAAACACUUUCUAGAUCAUAUUUAGACAAACACCUAUACAUCAUCUUCCACUCUGUGUUCUUCGGGAUUUCAUCAGGAUGUUUUAAAAUUGUUUAUGUUGUUUGUAGUAACACAUGUACACAACAUCAAUACAACAUCAGCUGUUUGGCCAAACAUAUACUGUAAUAAAUGUUUGCUGUUAAUAAACAAAACUUGCUGACA